AUGACGUCGUCAGAUCACCACGUCGCCUUACUUGUAAUCGAUAUGCAGGAAGAGUUUCGAACAGCAGUUUCCUCCAUUAUUUCGAACGUGAACAAAACCAUUGAUCAUUGUCGCACACGGAAAAUACCAGUCAUUUUCUCGCAGCAUGGUCACCGCUAUCCGGAAGUAGAUGGAGGCCAGUUGAAAGAAUUGUGGGGGAUGGACGGCUUGAUUAAAUACGGUUCCAAGCGAUGGCAGUUGCUCGAGGAACUUCAUUUUAUCGAAGGAGACUAUCUGAUUUUGGAAAAACGUCGAUAUGAUACGUUUUAUGGUACUAUUUUGGACAAUCUACUGAAGAUGUUUCAGGUAACUAGCGAAAAUGCCGAAAAGAGCUACGACAAUUCAGGUUCCUGUUCGCUGUUUACCAAAACUUACUGUCCUAUGUAA